AUGGCCGCAUCUCCACUGGACUUUCCACCACUUACCACAUCCACUACGACUGGUCCCCAUGCUGGGGGCGUCUCCUAUGCUGCUAAUGUUUCGGCAUCUUCGUCUAAACCGACUCCUUUCCCGGUAACCUACUUCACUCCUUCCCAUAAGCUUUCGUUCAAAGCUGAUGAUCUUUCGGAAGGGAAAUCCAUUUGGACAUCUGCGUUGAUUGGUUAUUCGUUGGGUCCUCGUCCCUAUUAUGAACGGUUGCUUAAGGCUAUGCUGAAGCUUUGGCAGCUAAAGGGAUCUUUGUCUCUUCUCUCGCUUGCGGAUGGCUUUUUCUUGCUAAAAUUCUCGACUGAGGAAGAUCUGGAGAUGGUACUUUCGGGAGGACCAUGGUUCCUUCUUGGCAAACCUUUCAUCUUGCAGCGAUGGUCCCCAAAAUUUAAGCCGAAGCGUGACGAGGAUGCUCCGAUUCCGGUAUGGAUAAAAAUAGUUGACUUCCCCCUGGCUCUCUGGACUCCAACUGGUAUUUCUAAAAUCUCCAGUUAUAUUGGUAUUCCGAUUUCUGUUGAUUCUCUCACUGCAAAUCGUUCUAGAUUAACGUUUGCUAGGGUUUGCGUGCUUGUCACGAAAGACUCGAUUUUGCCGGAUGAAAUUCCGAUUGAAAUCGAAGGUGAAGAUUUAAUACUGAAAGUUUUAUAUGAUUGGAAGCCUGAUAAGUGUGAAGGCUGCGGGUCCUUGAUUCACCCACCUCAUUCUAAGAUACCUCCUCCAAAACCAAAUAACUCUACCAAUCCGUCUCCUGCUCUGCUUCCAUCCCCAAAUUCUCUGGUCCAGCCGUUGGCUGACCAACCUUUGAAUGUCCAAAAUCCUGUCCCUGAACAAAUCCAGAAUUCUCCAUCCUCGGAUCAGCUGUUGGUUAAUCAACAUACUGAUAAAGGAACUGUGAUUUCUAACAAUCCUAAAACUGCUCUUCUUCCCAAUCUCAAUUCACCGACUGAUGAUACCUCUUCAUCAGGUUUUCCCUCUUCUCCCAAAUUAAGUCAACCCCCAAAAAUUCCCCUCUUAAACAAGUUUGCUUCUUUGCAAACAGAAGAUCAAAUUCCUCCAGAAUCCACUGAUUCUAUUUCAGAAAAAGAAAGCUCAUCCUUCUCUUUUGCUGAUGAUGAUUCUUCCCCUCAAUCUAAGAAUCAAAACCUCUCUGAAAAAAUCUGUCACAAUACCAGAUCUACUAGUGAAAAAGGUAAAUCUCCUAUCAAGUCUAAGCCACCGAAAGCAAAAUCGGCCAAGAAGGCCAAAGGUCACAAACCAUAA